UUUAUCAUUGCGAGCGUGGUAUAUCUGGUGUCUGCUAGCGGAGGAGAAUGGAAGGUGUUACAAAAAAACAUUGGCAUUGUGGCCAUGCACAUGCAACUUCUUCACAACGACCGCAUUGUCAUAUUCGACCGUACUGAUUUUGGUCUCUCUAAUAUCUCCUUGCCCAAUGGAAGGUGUCGCUACGAUCCAUCCGAAAAAGUUGUUAAAGUUGACUGCACUGCCCACUCCAUCGAAUACGACGUCACACACAAUACUUUUCGUCCAUUGUUUGUUCAAACCGACGUUUGGUGUUCCUCCGGUACAGUUAGGUCCGAUGGAGCACUCGUCCAAACCGGUGGCUACAGCGAUGGAGAACGCAAUGUUCGAAUAUUUACUCCUUGUCACACAUGUGAUUGGAUUGAACUUAACGGCGGACUCGAUACCCGGAGAUGGUAUGCCACCAGCCAUAUCCUCCCGGACAGUCGCCAGAUUGUUAUCGGCGGUAGGAGACAAUUCAACUACGAGUUUUUUCCCAAAAGUAUUAAUGGCAGAGCUAAUAAUGUCUACAAUUUACCGUUUUUGGUUGAGACCAAUGAUCCUCAUCAAGAGAAUAACUUGUAUCCUUUUGUUUUUCUCAAUGUUGAUGGCAAUCUCUUCAUCAUGGCUAACAGCAAAGCUAUCCUCCUUGAUUAUACUAAGAACAUGGUGGUGAAAACAUUUCCAGAAGUGCCAGGUGGCGAUCCCAGGUGUUACCCAAGCACCGGUUCUGCCGUUUUAUUGCCAUUGAGAAAUCUACAAGCAGCAUUUUUGGAAGCCGAGGUUUUGGUUUGUGGUGGGGCCCCAAGAGGUUCUUUUAACAACACAAAAAAACAUGAGUUUCGGCAAGCUUUGAAUACUUGCGCCCGAAUCAAAAUAACUGACCCGAAUCCACAAUGGGAAAUGGAAACCAUGCCGGGUGCUAGAGUAAUGAGUGAUAUGGUUAUGCUUCCAAACGGCAAUGUUUUGUUAAUUAACGGAGCUUCUUUUGGUACAGCUGGAUGGGAACAAGGGCGUAACCCGGUUUUAACCCCGUUUCUUUACGAAACAAAUAAUCCAAUUGGAUCUAGAUUCAAAAAACAAAGCCCAUCCACCACGCCACGAAUGUACCAUUCCACUGCCAUAUUGGUUCGUGAUGGGAGGGUUGUGGUUGGUGGUAGUAACCCUCAUGUUGGUUAUAGUUUUGAAAAUGUUUUGUUUCCAACGGAACUUAGUCUUGAGGCUUUUUCACCUUCCUAUCUAGAACGUCGUUACUCACAUCUUCGUCCGAGGAUUUUGUCGGAGCCCCAAAUAAAACUAAGUUAUGGUCAGAAAUUGGAGCUUCAAUUUCAAAUGAAUGUGACAUUGAAUUACCCGAAUUUAGUGCACGUCACAAUGUUGGCUCCUUCUUUUACUACACAUUCAUUCUCAAUGAAUCAAAGAUUGUUGGUAUUGGAGCCAAAUAAAGUGGGUAUUGUACAAGAUAAAACAUAUGGAAUUAAAGUUACCGUGCCUGGUUCAUCUACUCUUGCACCCCCCGGUUUUUAUCUACUAUUUGUGGUCUAUGGAAAAAUCCCUAGUGAGGGUAUUUGGGCUCAAAUACUGUGA